AUGGGUCGUGUUGCAAUUGUUGUAGCACAAGAUGGGGAUCUUAAAGUCAAGGAUCAAGUAGACAUAAAGUUUUUCAUUGGUAAGUACAAAGAUAGAGUUUUAUGUGAUGUCAUUCUAAUGGAAGCUUGUCAUAUUCUCUUGGAACGACCAUGGAAAUUUGACCGCAAAACUAGGCACAAUGGUCAUACACAUGAGGUCACUUUCCUUCAUAAUAUCAAGAAAUUUGUGCUUCAUCCUCUUUCUCAUACUCAAGUGGCCAAGGACCAAGCUCAAUUGAGAGCUAGGAGAGAUGAAGACAAAACCAAAAGUUCCACUUUGAUAGCCAAGAGUGAGGUAGGGGAUACCCAUGUUUCAUGUCCCAUGGUCAUUCCUCGUGAAGUACUCUUAACUCAAAAGUCUUUAUUCCAUAUGCUUCAUGAAGAACAACCUUCAUAUCUCGUUUUGUGUCAAGAGACACUCACCAGUAGUUCAAGUGACUCUUCAUUUAAGGAUCUACCUCCUUGCAUUGUUACUCAUUUACAAUUAUUUGAUGAUGUAUUUCCUAAAGAUGGACCCCAUGGGCUCUCUCCUAUUAGGGGCAUUGAACAUCAAAUUGAUUUUGUACCUAGGGCUAGUCUACCAAUAGACUAG